AUGCCUGCGUUCACCUCUCCCGCUUCCCUCCGCCGCCUUUCGCGCGCCGCCAGCACGCGUACAUCCACACGCGCUAUCGUACCGCCUGGACCGACCGUCGACACCACCUCCCCUACCGCCGACACUCAGCCCGCACCGGAAGCUCCGACGUCACCGCGCCCCCUUUCACCACUCCUACACGUCGAGAACGACGGGACGAUCCUCAAGGCCGUACGCGCAUACGAGCGCGACCGCCAACGGUCCAAGAAGACGAAGGAGCGCACCGAGCGCGAACGCGAGCGCGAGCGACAGCGCGCUGCUGCCGCCGCCGCCACCCCCACCUCCGACGGGCGCCCGUGCCGCCACUGCCCCUCCACUUCCCCCUCCGCACGGCGCACAGGCCUGGCGCUCACGCUCACGAGCGCGAGCACGAAGGAGGACACGUCGCUCGCGCACGGCACCCCCGGCUCGCCGCUCGUGGAGGAGAUCAUCGCGGACGUCGUCGAGCGCGAGACGCGCGCGCGCGGCUCGCUCGAGGUGCACCUCGCGCAGCUCGUCAAGCCCGCCAAGGCGCGGCGCAGCAAGGCGGGCGAGUUCGAGCUGGUGCCCGCGAUCCCGCUCGUGAUCGCGCUGGACGACGCGCUCGCGGAGGACGCGGAGCUCGACGAGCCGUGGGAGCACAUCUCCGCGGACGAGCUCGACGAGAAGCGCGCGGCGCCGCCGUCGUACGCGACUGUCGUCGCGAGCACGGCGUGA